UCAACAUAGAUAAAUCCCGGAUACGAGUUGGCUAAACCUAUGGGUAAGAAGACCGAAGCGUCUGAUGCUGAAGAAGGUUCAACCCCAGCCAAGCUGGAUAGACCAGACUACGAUGAGCUGGCUAGGCGUGUCAAUGUGAUUGCUCAGCCAUUGGCUAGUCGGAAACUAGCAAAACGUUUGUACCGCACUGUGAAAAAAGGUGCUAAACGUAAACUAGUCAGAAGAGGAGUAAAAGAUGUUGUGAAAGCUCUCAAGAAGGGCGAGAAGGGGUUUGUGAUAAUUGCUGGUGACGUCUCUCCUAUUGAUGUCAUUUCUCAUGUUCCUGUCUUAUGUGAGGACAAGGAUAUUGCUUAUGUGUAUGUACCUUCACGAGAUGAUCUUGGAAUGGCUGGGCAGACUAAACGUGGAACAAGUGUUGUGCUAGUGAAACGGCAUGAAGAGUAUGGUGACGUGUUUGAUACCUGUGUAGAUGAGAUGAAGUCUUUGCCAAUGCCUAUGUACUAGUUUGUUAAUCUAUUCUGGUACAUGUAAUUGUAUGAUAAUCAUACUUUGUUGUCAUG